CGUUCACUUACAUAACCCGCUAUUCACUCUGAAACUAGAAGAAUGUCAGGGAAGAAGAAGAAAGUGAAACAGAGCGACAGUGAUGAAGAAGACGACGUUUUCUACCACCGCUACUCUUCAACUUCAUCCACCACCACCUCAAACCCUAACCCUAAUCCAACCCAAUCCCAAUCCAAAUCCAAAAAGGGUUCAGGAUCCUCCUCGCUAGCACCAUCGAAAUCCACCAUCUACGUUUCCAACAUCGACUUCUCCCUCACAAACUCCGACCUCCACACCCUCUUCUCCACCUUCGGCAAAAUCGCCCGCGUCACCGUCCUCAAAGACCGCGUCACGCGUCUCAGCCGCGGCGUCGCCUUCAUCCAAUUCGUCUCCGUCGCCGACGCCCGCCGCGCCGCCGAGCAAAUGCACCGCAAGGUCCUCAACGGCCGCACACUCACCGCCUCUAUUGCGGCCGACAACGGCCGCGCCCCUGAGUUCAUCCGGAAGCGGCUUUACAACGACGAGUCCCGCUGCUUCGAGUGUGGCGUUUCUGGUCACCUGUCGUAUGAUUGCCCCCGGAAUCAGCUUGGCCCGAGGCCGCGACCCGAGCCGAAGAAGCCCCGCCGAGGACCGCCCAGGGGCGGUGGCGGAGGGGAAUACGCAGAGGAUGAUGAUGAUGAGGAGGAGGAGGAUGGGGGACGCGGCGGUGCGGAGAGAUUUGAGGAUGAUAACUGGGCUUCUGUGGUGGAUGAUGGAGCGGAUGAGAGGCUGUUGGGGAGGAAUGGAGAUGAUGAAGCUGUGGCGGCGAAGAAGAAGAAGGCUAAGAAAGCUGGGUAUUUCAGUGAUGAGAGUGAUCAUGAUGAUGAUGAUUGAUGAUUGAUGAUUGAUCAUGGAUGAUGAACUGGUAUGGUGUAAUGUAAUUGAUGAAAUUUAUCUCUUGUUGUUUAUGGUUUGAGCAUAAACACAUCAUGUGAAUGUUGUGGUUGUAGACUUGUAGUGAUAGUGGUAUUGUUAACUAGUGACUGUAUUUUGAUUGUUGAUGAAUGAUGAGUCUCUUAUUUAUCAGCUUCA